CUCCUUGUUCCCCUCUUUCUAGAUAUCUUGUUGAUUUCUUUUUUUCCUCCUUCUCUUAUCUUUAAUUUCUAAUCAACUAUGCUAUCAUUUCGUUAUCUUUAUCUGACACUAUACAUUACCUAGCAUUCCAGUAAUCUCUGACCAGUGUUUGACUCAUUCAUUCCGAACCAAUCUUUGGCUCCGGACGUUACCCGUACGCAGUGUUGCCACCGGCCUUUAUAUACCAGGCGCUGUCCACUUCCUUAUUUGACUUCUCUACCAUCUCUGAUCUGGUCACUGGUUUACACAUAUCUAUAUAUACCCAAUCUUCAAGUCGGUAUCUUUUAAGAGUCAACUGAAAGCAAAACGUGACUUGAUUUCGCAUCCAUUUGAUUCAUACAUUUACUUUUCUUUCUUAUACCUUGCACCUGACAUAGGGUGCUUGGUUACUGGGAACAUCCUCUACCGACCUCGGAUAUUUUCAAAAUGGCUGCGCAUAUUCCUAUACGACUAUCGAUUCGCACCGAAAAUCAAAAUGACAAGGCUACACCCAUGCCACCACUAACAGUGGUGCCGGGACUGACCCCUCCAGUCACCCCUACUAAGGGCGACGAAAAUUACUCAAGCGGUACGAGGACAGGAGGAUCAAGUCGUUCAAGCUCCUUUGUAUCUGAAGGAGAAAAGCCAAGAGAUCUCUUUGGGGACGAUGCGCGCCCCUCGAGCCCUCUUCAAUAUUCUGAUGAGCUAGAGUUUCAAUAUGACCCGAAAGGUCGGCCAAUUGAGUUCGGUCGUGGUGUUUGGAGUGUCGUCUACAAAGCUUCAUCUCGCCCCGUUUCAAAAUCACCUCUGAUGACUCCUCCUAGUUCACCUGCGGGUGGAGGUCGGGUGGUAGCGGUCAAAUCUCCUGUGCGACGAGAUGCACACGCCGUGCUUGACGCCGAAGCGUUAGCAUUAACUCGAAUUAGUCGAAUGCCGGGUUCGGAGCGUCAUAUCAUCCCUUUCCAUGGAUACAUCUCUGAAUCACACUCCAUAGUCAUGUCGGCUGUGCCCCUCUCUCUUUCAUCGUACAUCGAAGAAAAGGCGGACCUGGCCCAGAAACACAAGUCCACUCGGACCAUGUUCGAUCCUGUGCAAGGUAUGCCUCAGUGGCAAGAGCUUGCAAAGAAGCUCAUCACCGGUUUGCACUGGCUUCACGCGCAGUGCCAAAUAGUGCACGGGGAUAUCAAACCGCAUAACAUCUUGUUGAGAUCACGACCGACUAGCAACGAUAUAGAAUCCGACGAAUUCCCGUUUGAACCGCUUUUCGCCGAUUUUUCAUCCGCACAUAACACCACCGGUUCUUCGCUGUCCGCAGAGAAAGAAACAGGAACGUCAUUAACGGCUUUGACACCACCUUUCGCCCCCCCCGAGCUGUUAUCCGUGUCAUCUUUGACUUCUCCGGGCACCAGUCCCACUCCCGCAUCCGAUGUGUUUUCGCUGGCGGUCACUCUCCUCGCAGCGGCGACAGGCGAUUUGCUGCUUUAUCCUGGCACCAGCAACAUGCAGCGCCUCGCCAUGGCUCGUGAAGGUCACCAGGUCAUUGACUUUGCCCGAUCGGGUCAUAAUGGUUCCCGAGUUCCUCGUAACGGACCUGUCGAGCAGGUGGUCAAGCCUGCCGUUUCGAAGGACCCAUCUCAACGUAUACAACCCAAUGAAUGGGUAGAAUUAAUCGCUGCCAUGGCCUAAAGUCUCACACCAAAAGGUCCACUACUCUCGAUUCCGCUCUUCUCGAAGACAUAUUCUACAUCUACUUUUUCCACUCUUAUAUACCUUUCGAUUUCUACCACAUUAUAUGAACCAACUGGGUUCUUCUCGUUCAUCUCUUCUUUUUAUUCUUUCUUCCAUUAUAUUUCCUUUUUUUUUUUUUUCUUCUUU